GGGGAAUUUAAACUCACUGUCAAAAGUUAUUUAAGCGCGCGCGCUAAGUGGUGUCCGUAAUCACUAACGUAAUAAUAAGUUAUUUACUAUUUACAUUAGUGCUUUCAUUUCGAAACUGUUAAUAACAUUCAAACUACCAAGUCAAAUAUUACAAAGCUCUAUAAAUAGACCCUAAAAUAAUAUAAGUGCUAAAACUGAUAAUUUUCAAGAUAAACACUUCUCAUUUGGAUCAACAUUUAGUGAUUUACUGCCUGUAUGAUCUGAUAUGAAGAAAUUGUAUCCAAGCUGACGACGCGUUAUUAUAUUUCUGCAACAAAAAUACAUAUCAAGUGUUGGCAUUAAUUCUAAAUACUUCUGAGUAUAAUUUAUAUAUAUCUAACUGUCUAUUUUCCAUUGAGUCAAUUGCCGAGAUCAAAUAAAUUGACGCAGAUUAUUAAAUUUUAAUUAGUUAAUUAAAAAUUAAAAUAUGGAGCUAUCUGAUGUGUCAAUGGACAACACUGAUAAUCCUCGGAAGAAAGAAAAACCCGAGAGACCCACGGGACUCACUUAUGGGAUCGAUGACGCGCCUCCUUGGUAUCUCUGUCUUUUUAUGGCGCUCCAGCAUUAUCUUACAAUGAUCGGAGCAAUUGUGUCAAUUCCCUUCAUUCUGACUCCAGCGCUUUGCAUGGCAGAGGACGACCCGUCCAGGAGUUACAUAAUCUCGACGAUGAUAUUCGUCACCGGUCUGGUGACAAUGAUCCAGACUACGUUCGGCUGCAGACUUCCGCUGGUCCAAGGCGGAACUAUAUCCUUCCUAGUUCCUACAUUGGCGAUUCUGAGUCUUCCACAGUGGAAGUGUCCUCCAGAGGAAGAGCUGAGCAAAAUGAGCUCAGAAAACAGGACGGAGCUUUGGCAGGUCCGCAUGAGAGAGCUAUCUGGAGCAAUUGCAGUCUCAGCGCUGUUCCAAGUGAUCAUCGGAUUCGGAGGAAUUGUCGGGUACUUGUUGAAGUUCAUCACUCCCUUGACAAUUGUACCUACUGUUUCUCUGGUUGGGCUGUCGCUGUUUGAGAAUGCUGCUGCUGCAGCUUCUCAACAUUGGGGUAUUGCUGCUGGGACAAUAAUCAUGCUAACAGUCUACUCUCAACUGCUAGUAAACGUAUCAGUGCCACUGAUAGUAUACCGAAAGAGCGAAGGCUUUAAGGUUAUCUGGUUCGCCUUGUUCAAAUUGUUCCCAGUACUGCUGACAAUCGUAGUAAUGUGGGCAAUUUGUGGUAUCCUGACAAUCACAAAUCACCUUCCAGUGGGACACCCAGGGCGAACGGACACCAAGCUGAAGAUAAUCGAAGACUCUCCUUGGUUCCGAGUUCCGUACCCAGGACAGUGGGGAACCCCAACAGUAAGCUUGUCGGGAGUGCUGGGGAUGUUGGCAGGCGUGCUAGCAUGCACGGUGGAGUCCAUUAGUUACUACCCGACAACUUCAAGAAUGUGCGGAGCGCCGCCUCCGCCAGUCCACGCAAUAAACCGCGGAAUCGCCAUUGAAGGUCUGGGAACAGUUCUGGCAGGUCUCUGGGGCAGCGGGAACGGAACCAACACAUUUGGAGAAAACGUCGGAACCAUCGGCGUCACCAAAGUCGGAAGCAGGCGAGUAAUCCAGUGGGCAUGCGUGCUGAUGGUUCUGCAAGGAUUGAUCAGCAAAUUCGGCGCUGUUUUCAUUAUUAUUCCCGAGCCGAUCGUCGGAGGAAUUUUCUGCGUGAUGUUCGGGAUGAUCGCUGCCUUCGGGUUGUCAGCGCUGCAGUACAUUAACCUAAACUCCGCCAGGAACUUGUACAUUCUAGGAUUUUCAAUAUUCUUCCCGCUAGUUCUGUCCAAGUGGAUGAUCCAGAACUCUGAUGUGAUAAAAACAGGGAACGAAAUAGCCGACGGAGUAAUUACUGUCCUCCUCAGUACCACCAUCCUUGUCGGCGGGUUCGUCGGUUGUUUCCUGGACAAUAUUAUUCCUGGAACCAGCGAAGAAAGAGGGUUAGACGCUUGGGCCAACGAAAUGGCGCUCAACUUUGAUGAAGCUGAUGAUAAAACAGACGGCGAAUACAUUCCAAAUACUUUUGACUUUCCGGUCGGCAUGACGCUUCUCAGGAAAUGGAAGUGGACUUCGUAUUUACCUUUCAUGCCGACUUACCGACCCAGAGCGCGUAAUUGUCGGAAGAAGAAUAGAUACGACGUAGAAAAUUGAACUUUAGGUUAGAAUUUAGUAACAAUUUUUUUUUUUUUAUAGUUAAAACGUUUAUUUACUUGUUUAUAAUAUUGAUAUUUAACAUUUAAAUAAAUUAAUAAUUAAAUAAA